CGGCUCAUACCGCGUGGUACCUCCAAGCGAGCGUCCGUGUACGAGCACCGCGCUCGCUCCGCGUCCGUUACGAACAAACUUACAAACUCUCACAACUAACCAGUUCUCUUAUAAAAAAAAUCUUUCCAGUCCCACCGGGACUGACUUACUCCCGAAUUUCUUGACGUGAACUCUAACGUGCGCGUUUGCGGCGACUUUAAAACUUCCAAAACUUUGUUUAUAAGCCGGCGGCCGGGCGCGGUGUGCAUGUGUAAGCUUAAAGUCAUGGCUGAACAAAGUUCCCACUAAACCGAUAACUCAGUGUGGUGCUGUAUUAUGAUCGCAAGUGGAAGCUCAGAGUAAUCCUCGAUGUUCAGGAGAGGAUACAAGACACGAUACGUGCGUGUGGUGUUUAAGGCCAAGACGUGGAAGCGAGCGCCCAUGAAGUUGUUAAAGUGGCGAAGAAAAAUGCCAUCCACGAAGCAGUACAAUCUGGUGCCGAACGAUGAAUAUGAUCCGAGGAUCCCGUUGCACCCGGACGAGGCGUUCCAUUACGGCAUCACCUUUCAAGCCAAGUACAUCGGGACUAUGGACGUACCGCGGCCCACAAGCCGCGUCGAGAUCGUCGCAGCGAUGCGCCGUGUUCGAUACGAGUUCAAGGCGAAGGGCGUAAAGAAACGCAAGGUGACCGUCGAUGUGUCCACGGAUGGCGUACGAGUGUCCGCUCGAAAAAAGAAAAGCAAAGACAAGAGCUCGAAGCUGUUCGGUCGCAAGAAUAACACGACCAACGAGACGAUUGAGAUUAUGCACCACCCCAUCUAUCGCAUCUUCUACGUGUCGCACGACAGCUCCGACUUGAAAAUUUUCUCGUACAUCGCGCGCGACGGUGCCACUAAUGUCUUCAAGUGUGUUUUCAAGAGGAAGGGAAGUAUCUGA